GUCAAUUAUUUCUUUAUUAAAGGACAGUUUUUUUAGGAUGACAAGUCGUUGGCAAAUUUUGCAAUUGGGGAACGCUUAUUUUUUUUAAAUAAAUAAAUUGAAUACCUCCUAAUCUAUUUGUAUGUCCAAGCCAAUUAUUUGACGCCUUGCUAAUUUUGAAGACAAUGAAUUAUUUUAACAAACUGUGUAAUUUAUUAUGUACCAAUUUCCUCAUAGUAUAAUUUCAUAACGUAAAAUUUCGGAUUAUUUGGUACAAUUUGAACGCCAAAAUCCAAGUUUUAGUCAUAAUGAUUUUAUUGAAUUCAAGGUGGUGGUGGCACUCUCUCUAUGAUAUUUUGGACCACCAUUUUUUAUUUUUGUGUUUUUGUCUUCACUCCAGUCGUCUCCAGUCCGUUUUUUCAAACCAUUUCCGAGGAAUUUCUGCUCCUUAUUAAUUUAAAAUAUUUUAAUUCUGGAAACAGAAUUAUGAUGUCAAAGGCGGAUCAAUCUGUCGCUGGACCUUCUCACGCCGGAAGUAGCAGCCGGGUCAUGGCUGACACCAUCAGAACGACCUCAACGAUAAAAACCGAAAGUCGGACGGAACCGGUGGAUCAGUCUGAGGUGUAUUUGAGCAGUGACGACGAAGAUGAAGAGGACGAGAUUGAGGAGGAGAAAAUGAAAAUAGCUGACGUACUGAUGGAUAUUAAACAUUGGGUUCGGAUACAGCAAAAAUUCUUCGCACCAAACCCCACGGCCGUACCGAUUUCCGAAGAGAGAUAUCCAACUUCGUCUCGGAUUGCCCGCAAGUUUCUCAAACUUGUCAUGGCGUUGGACGACGUUGUCGACGUUCUGGACGAUAAUAGACGCCGAGGAUAUCCCCUCUAUGAAAUGAGAAGAGCCCAGCGUCUACGAGAACUCGUAACAGCAACAGCAACAGUGCCAGAAAUAAUUGACUGCGUUCAAGACGAGGAAAGGUCGGAGCCAAUUCCGGAUCCUCCAGCCACACCAAGACCGUCAACUCCAACACCGCCUGUCACUCCACAAAGGUCAAUCUCAAACCAAUGUGAAACCAGGAGAAAAUCCACCCGGAUUCGAAGACCAAUUCUGAAACCAAGCGACUCCACUACAUUCAAGGCAACCUCUGGCAAAAAGAUGAGUUCUAAAACCAAACGCCACCGCUGCCACAUUUGUAGAAGAACUUUCUCUACCAAAUUAAACCUAAUAAGUCACCGUUCCAACCAUCGUAAGGAAGAAGAGAAGACCGUGGCGGAGAAGCGCUUUCGGUGCGACCAGUGUGGAAAGAAGUACUCCCAGAGGGGUCCUUUAAGGGUGCACAAGCGCAGCCACAGCGCCAACCCAAGACCAUUCAAUUGCGAAGAAUGUGGCAAAGCUUUUACCACCAAGCAAUCUAUGCUCAUCCACAAAAAAAGAGUUCACCAGAGGCUAAAGGACGUCGACUUCCCCCAAUGCCCCAAAAAGUUCAGAACCAAGUGCGACAUGAGGACACAUCUGAACACUGUUCAUCUCUAUGUUCCGCUCCCCUGCCCCCACUGUAAUAAGUCAUUCACAAAGAAAGGGAGUCUUCGAAACCACAUGAAGAAGUUUCAUCCCUCAUAAUUCAAUCAUUCUACUGCCAAAUGAAGCUGCAUCAAUGGAGUUUUCAACCGUUUUAAAUAAUACAGAUUAUUUUUUUAUUUUCUAAAUAAAUAAAUAUUUAAAUUAAAUAUAAUUUUAAAUAACGAAAUGAUACAAUACAAUGAAAUGCGUUCUUCUCACAGAAUUUGUAUAACAAUUGCCAAUAAUAAAACCAAUAA